AUGACAGCAAAAAGUGACAUUGGAAGCCAAAGAAAGAGAAAGUGCAUUUAUGAAAUGCCAGAUUUCUACUGUUGUUACGUAUUGAGGUCUGAAGUCAGUUUGAAAAAGUUUUAUAUUGGAUCAACCCCCAAUCCAGAUAGAAGAGUUCGUCAACACAAUGGUGAGUUACAACAAGGAGGAGCCUUUCGAACUAAGCAAAACAGACCAUGGAAGAUGGUUAUAUUAGUUUAUGGGUUUCCCUCAAGGAUAUCAGCAUUGAAGUUUGAGCAUUCUCUCCAGCAUCCUUUUCAAACUCGUCAUAUUUCGAAAGAAUUCAAAUUUCAUCAAAGUAAACAAGAGUAUGACAAGUCAAGAUCGAUAGGCAAUAUCAAUCAAAUAUUGAUCAAUAUCAAAUCAUUAUUAAUUUCAAAGUUUUUCAAAAAAUUUACACUAAAAUUCCAGAUAUUUGAUAAUGAAAUAUUUCAGUUAAUCAAUGAUAACACAAGAUUGAUUAAGAUGAAUCCAAAUUAUAAAAAGAAAACGAUAGACAUUUCAAGGGAAAACCAAGAUUCCUUAAUUGAAAUAUUCGAAAAUUCUGAAUUUGCUAUUAAAAAUGAUCAUACCGAUAUCAAAGAAUUUUAUCAAAUGGAAAAGAAUAUAUCUGUUGAAUUGCUUAAAAUCUGCCAGCUGAAGUUGGCCUUGGUUGAUGGGAACGACGAUGGAAACAACUGUGGAAAUGAGCAGGACAUUCGCAAGAUUAACUGUUUAAUUUGUAGCAAAGAAGUUGAAACAAACUAUUUGAAAGAGAACUUUAAGUUGUUUUUUCUCUGCUACAACAGAGACUGUAGCUUUACUUGUCAUCUACGCUGUUUGGCCUUGCAGCUUUUGAAGAAGGAUACAAACAGGCCUCUGAUGGCAGUGGUUCCCACAAUGAGAAACUGUCCUACUUGUGGAGAGGAGCUCCAGUGGCAAACAGCAGCAGGACUUUCAACAAAACUUAGAGCAGCACAAGCAGCAAAAGCAGCAGAAGCAGCACUGGAAGAAGCACCGGAAGAAGAGGCGGAUCUGCUUCUAGAGGUUACGGAUGCUCUGGAUGCGGACGCGGAAAGCAACCGCGGAAAUCCGUGA